UUCCAGUUUCUUUUGAUAAACAAGAGAAUUUAUACAAAUUUAAUAUAAGAAUAGAAUGGAAGAAGUCAAUACGAUUAACAAGACCUUAUAUAGCAGCUACCCGUAAGAUAGGUUGUUUGCACUCUCACGGAACCAUCUCUAUUUUCCACAAAUCAUGCAAGACAACUUGAUUUUAUAAAAUCAUUAUAUUCAGUUACUUAACGAAUUCAAACAAUGAAACAUCUACAGAAUAUAAGAAAUCUGUCAAUUUUUGCUUUAAUUGCUUUUUUCUCUCUGGUGAAAAGUGCACCAGAAUGGGCCACAACCGAGGAUGGUUCAAAAUAUUUAAUCGAAAACAAAUAUGAGUAUUCCUGGUUGGAGGCUUUACAUGAAUGUGCCAAAAGAAAUUUAUCUCUAGCAAAAAUAGAUACUGCCGAUAAAAAUUAUUAUUUAGUAAAAUUAUUAAAAAAUCGUUUUGGCAUUGGACUUGAUCUAUGGAUUGGUGCUACCGCCUCUACGGCUGAACAUUCAAAGCGUAAAUUUGUCUGGGUUUCGAAUGGUAAAACAUUUAAUUUUGCCAACUGGGAAGAAGGAGAACCCAACAAUUUAGGUGGUAAUCAACCCUGUGUUCAUACAUGGUCAAAAACAAAUAAUUUCACCUGGGCCGAUGGUCAAGAGCAUUUGAAAUAUGGUUACAUUUGUGAAGAAACUUUCAUUUCUCACUACCGCCAGGAAAUGGAAAAGAAACGUCACUCGAUUAAUGAAAUCGCAGAACAAUUGUUAUUGUAUUUUAAAGAAAAACAAAAACACAUCGAAGAGAUAAAUCACGCCCAAGAGAUACUAAUAAAGCAGAUAAAUAUUGAAUUAGAGGAAAAGUUAGAACAGGCUAAAAAACUAAUUGAUAGUAUUUUAGAUGUAAAUUAAAUAUAUUUAAGUCCAUUCACACUCUACAACCAGUUAUGGUUAAACAAGUAGAUAUUUAGAAGGUUUCAAUAAUUUUUAUAUGAAAACUGUCAAUUAUUCUAAACUCUCAAAUAAUUAAAACAUACAUUGAGAAAAUGUUACAUUUAAUUAAUUGAAUGUAAUUGUUAAUUAAAAUAUAAUAUAU